AUGGCAGAUGGCGUGGCAGGUGGUGUGGUAGGUGAUGUGACAGGUGGUGUGGCAGGUGGCGUGGAAUGUGGCGUGGCUGGUGAUGUGUCAGGUGCGGCAGGUGGUGUAGCAGGUGGUGUGGCAGGUGGCGUGGCAGGUGGUGUGGCAGGUGGCGUGGCAGGUGGCGUGGCUGGUGAUGUAUCAGGUGGUGUGGCAGGUGGCGAGGUAGGUUGCGUGGCAGGUGUUGAGACAGGUUGCGUGGCAGGUGGUGUGCAGUGUGUGACAGGUGGCGUGGCAGGUGGCGUGGCAGUGGCGACGGCAAUCACCCGACUGAAGCUUUCAAUCGCUGCACACAAAACGCUAUAA